AAAUACAAAACAAUAUACAUUUUGUAAAUAAACUAGCUCUAAUUUGUAAUCCAUAAUGCUAUUUUUCAAAAAGAAAAUUUGGUUUAGGCUACGCUCAAUGUAAAAUUUGACCAAUAGUAGGGAACUUUUGUUUUUAAAUGAUUUUAUACACACAAAUGUUUGCAGCUUUGUUGAAAUUAAUUUGUUAUUUAUGAAUGACAGACCGAAAGUGUGGUUAUAUUAUUUUUAUUAUCUUGAUCUAGCGUUUUUUAAAUGUUUAUGUGCUUUUAUUUUGUACCAGUAAGUUGUUUUAUGACUAUAUGUUAUCUGAGAAUCCUGAUGGGCGUAGUAAAUAUUGUUUCUUGCCCAUCAGUUAAACAAAACUCCCGUAGAAACUUGGAGUUCUGAACGUGCGGACAGGGCUGAAGAGUGGUGGAGCCAUCCACGUCAACAGCUCGACCCAUGGACGAUGUGGUCGACCUCACGCCCAACGAGAAGCACGAGCACGACGGUCGGCCGGGCGUAGGCGCGGAUCCGCGCAACAACUUGCCGCAGACGCAGAAGCAAGUGUGCAUGCUGAUAUAUCCCCCGCCCCCCACCAAGGGCGGCAUUGCCAUCAAUGCUGAAGAUUUUGCCUGUCUUGCACCGGACGAGUUCCUUAACGAUGUCAUCAUUGACUUCUACUUGAAGUACCUGAUGAACACGAUGCUGAAGGAGGAGGAGCAAGCCUGCACGCACCUCUUCAGCUCCUUCUUCUACAAGCGGCUGACGACCAAGCCCCCGGCCGCCCGCGGCCAGGCCCAACCGGACGCCUCCCCCCUCUCGCCCGCCGAGAAGCGGCACUCGCGCGUGCGCAGCUGGACCAAGAACAUAAACAUCUUCCACAAGAAGUUCAUCCUCAUACCCAUCAACAAGAAUGUGCACUGGUUUUUGGCUGUCAUCUGCUUCCCGGGACUGACGGGCCCCGUGCGGAUGAGCGACGAUACUCCCCUGGACGUGAUCGAGGAGUCCCGGCCCAGGAAGUCAGGCAAGAUGGCGACCAUCGUGCUGGACGCGGCCGAGUGCCUGUCGGACCGGGACGAGGCGGAGAGCGAGGAAGAGGACCCCAGCGACGUCAGCGAGGACGACGUCAGCUCGGAGGGCCCCGGCAGGCACGUGUUGCUGCCCAGGAGUCUCGCGACCGCGCCGUCCACCAGCCGCGACAAGCCGCACCCCGAGCCCAUCAAGCAGCCUUGCAUCCUGAUCUUCGACUCUCUGCGCGGGGCCAGCAGCCACGGCCGCGUCAUGGCGACCUUGAGGGACUACCUGCGGGUGGAGUACCGCCUCAAGAUGGGCAAGGAGCGCUCCUUCUCGCGCCACACCAUGUGCGGGGCGGUUCCGCGCGUGCCCCAGCAGAACAACUACACCGACUGCGGUCUCUACGUGCUGCAGUACGCUGAGGCUUUCUUCAAGGAGCCUCUGAGGGACUACCGCUUCCCCAUACGGUCGCUGCGGAACUGGUUCCCGGAGAGCGUGGUGCGCAAGAAGCGGGAGGACAUCCGCAACCUGCUGUCGCGGCUCAUGAGGGACAGCUCUGCCAGCCUGAAGCUGCCCGACGUGUGCCCGCUCAGCAUCGCGGACGAGGAGGUUGCAGGCAGGCAGGAGGCGGCGGUGCCGAGGAAGCAGGCGGCGGCCGGGCCCAAGGAGCUGCUGGUGCGGGCGGUGAGCUCGGCGAACGCCAGCCCUCGGUCGCAGCUGCUUCUGUACGCCCCGCUGAUCCCGCGCCACGCCACCUCCCGGGAGCGCAUCGUGCCGAUACAGCGCGACGGGCUGUUCCGCCUGUCGGUGGACUACCGGAGCGACGAGGAAGAGGGGCAGCCGCGCACCCCUGCCUCCUCCAGGCACACCCUGGAGGUACUGCGUGCCAAGAGGAUAGACAGGCACCUGGAUCGUGACCACGCCCCUUCCCCGCCGAAGAAGUGCCGCAACAACCGGGUCACAAGUUCGUGAGAGACGAUCUGGUCGUGUGCGGCCGCUCAUCUGAGGAGCAUGCAGCUAACCGAUCCUCCGUCGGGACUGCUGGUCACCGCGCCGUGACGUGACUCGAGUCGCCGCCCGCUGCGGAGGUUCCAUUGAUGAGAGUGCUCCCGAAAGCUGACUCCUCACUUCACAUCUCGACCAAUUGUCCUAAACUUGGAAGAAGUGUGAUCUCAUUGUGCUCUAUAGCCCCCAAUGAGCUGUAUGUCUGUCUGUCCGAAACAUUCUGGAACUGGCUUUUCUGAGUUUGUAGCUCUGAGCAGCAACCUCUCACUUACAAGAAAUUUUGUUUUUGAAAGUUCCCCAUUCUGAUUUAUAACUUGAUCCUCGCUUGUUUGCAUUGUACAAAAAAAAAAAAGAAUGGAAACAGGCUGUCUGACUACUUGUUAUGAUUUACGUUAAUUUAAAAAGUACGUAGUUCGGCACAGAAGUUAUGUGUUUGUUCCUUGACAUGGCUACGCGGUUAAGUGAACACACGUUAGCUUUACAGAAACCAAAUUUUUGUCAUAUUUUAUGGCUAGUCUCCUAGCAGAACUGUCAAAAAUGCAUGUUACAUAGUACACUGCAGAUGUAUUUCAUUUUACCAAUUUUUUUUUUGUGCAAAAUAUGAAUGAUUUUUCUUGAACAUUGUAGUUUGUGUCAAACUAUGAAUCAGUGUUCAAAUAUUCUUUAUCUUUCUCGGAGUACCAAAGAAGAUGACAUGCGUGCACAUUGUUUUUGUCACGUGAUUGGGACGCGUUCUGUUUAAAACUAAUUUACGAGUGUUGAGAACAUGUGUGUGUGUAUUCGCACACACAUGUUUAUACAUGUGUGUGUAUUCACACACACAUGUUUAUGUGCACCUAGCAUUCAAAUUCUUGAGCUUCUGUGUGUUUUACAUGAACUUCAUUGCAGUUUAGUUAUGUGCAUUGGCUUAAAGUGGGCUUUUGAACAUCUCUAACACGUCUGUUGAGACUUAAACUAUGUACGUAUGACACUACGUGAUGAUGUGUCAAGAAAAUUAAACUUUUGUAAAUGUAAAAUGAUAUGUUUUAUUUUUAAAAUUUUAAAUCAAUUUUUAUUAUUACUUCUCAUUUGGGAAUGAGUUUGGUUUGUAUGUACUGUUUGUUUUCUAGUGAUUGUGAAUAAAAAUGAAUACGUCUUGUUAAUUUGGGUAAGCACUAGUAGUGAAUGAUGUCCACAUGUCCGAUGUGGUGCAUUUGUAUUCUAAUAUAUCAACACUUAUCAAGUUAA